AUGCCAAGCCACCACGUCUUACCCGCCACGCCAAGCCACCUAAACCCCUGUUUCUCUGCCUCCAUCGGCUCUGCCCCCUGGGCCUCCGCCUCCAGCGGCUCCACUACUGGGCCUCCGUCUCCAGCAGCUCCGCCCCCUGGGUCUCUGCCUCCAGCAGCUCUGCCCCCUGAAAUGCCCUCUCGAAAACACAGCGCCUCCCACUGGAGACUCCAAAACAUUGCACAGGAAUCUGUUGAAAGCUCUGAUGAGGAGUUUUUUGAUGCCCGGGAUGUUAUGGAGGGGAAGACUGCCAUGCUGCUGGGGAUGAGCCAGUGGAACUCUAAUGACCUGGUGGAGCAGAUUGAGACGCUGGGACACCUGGAGCACUCAAGAGAAAGUCUUUACAGACUGCGGCACCCUCGCUGCGCUCCACAGAGCAGUGUGGAUGGUUUGGAAGACAUGGAGAGGAAGUGCAGGACAAAACUGCUCAUCCUGGUGAUUCAUGGAGGUCACAUCUUGGACUCUGGAGGUGGUGACCCUGGAGGGAAAGCGGGUGAUGCUGCUACUCUAGCAUCCAUGUUGGAGCGUGUGGCACGGGCACACUUCCAGGCUGCAGCAGACAACAUGCUGGUCAGACUGGUCCCCUGCCCGCCAGUGUGCGCUGAUGCCUUCUCCCUUGUCUCAAAUUUAAAUCCAUACAGCUAUGAUGAAACCUGUGUGUCCAGCAGUGUGGAUCACUUGCCUCUGGCUGCUCUUCCCAUCCUCGCCAUUGCUGCCCCCUAUUACCUGAAUGCUGUGGCUACAGUCAUUGCUCAGGCCAAUCAGGUUUACCAAAACUUCCUUCAGUCCCCAGAGGGUGUGGGCUUCACUGGACAGGUGUGUCUGGUGGCAGACUGUGUUGGCGGUGUACUCUGUUUUGACGCCUUGUGUUUCAGUGGUGACAAGCAACACAGAAGCCCUGAGGGUGGCAGCGAGAACAACAGUACAGAGAGUCUCAAGACUAAAAGCUAUGUGAUGAACUCUCUGAGCCCUACUCUCCGUGGCAGCAAACGCCUGAGUAAGAGCAACAUUGAUGUGUCAACACCAAGUGACGCGCUGUCUGGAGUCCGUCAUCCACUCAUCCGCAAGCAGAGUGACUCGUGUGAUGCAGACGUGGCCAGUGCUCAGUCUGAGGUCUUUCUCAGCAGUCUAUCUCAGGACGAUCAGUGCGGCUCUAGGCAGGCUAUCAAUCCAGGCUGCUUUGAGUUUGAAGUGUCAGACUGCUUUCUGCUGGGCUGCCCACUGGGACUGGUGCUCGCUAUGAGGAGAACUGUGUUACCUGCUGUUGAGGUGGCUCAGCUCCAUCCAGCUUGUUCUCAGAUUUUUAAUCUGUUCUACCCAUCGGACCCCUCCGCAUCACGUCUGGAGCCCUUGUUGCACCCAGCUCUCACCCAACUGCCCCCCUUCCCUGUCCCUCGUUACCAGCGUUACCCGCUGGGUGAUGGGCGCUCCACUCUCAUCGCUGACACAGUACUCAGACACUUGUCAGACAGUGAUGUUUCGGCAGAUGGAGUCCCAGUGCAGUCUUGCACAGGAAGUGCGUCCCAUAGGGGCAGUGAACGAGUGGUUCGUUGUUGCCCCUCUCUCUCUGGCUCUGACACUGAACUGACUGAACCCACCCCAAGCGAGCCUGUUAGCACUAUCUCACACAUAUGUAGUAGGUGGUGGGGGUUAAAGCGGUUAGAUUAUGUGCUUUACUGUCCAGAUGUGCUCACCACCUUCCCCACCAUAGCUCUGCCUCACCUGUUCCAUGCGUCAUACUGGGAGUCCACGGAUGCCGUCGCCUUUAUUCUCAGACAGGUAAUGCGGUGUGACUGCCUAAAGGCUGGGGAAGCCGAUUGUUCAGAUGCUAUGCCCAUCUCUCCUUCCAGCCCACGUGAGAAGUGGCUCCGCAGACGGACACAUGUCAAACUGAGGAACAUAACAGCGAAUCAUAGAGUUCAUGAUAUCAUAGUGACAGAGGAUGGUCCGCAGACGCUGGUGGGGCGGUUUAUGUAUGGGCCUCUUGACAUGGUCACGCUGACGGGGGAGAAGGUGGAAGUGUUUUUAAAAACUCAGUCUGGUUCUGGUCGUUGGGUGCUGUUUGACACUGUGGUGACCAGCAGCAGUGGACGUGUGUCCUACACCAUCCCUGCAAAUAAAAGACUUGGGGUGGGGGUCUACCCCAUUAAAAUGGUAGUCAAAGGUGACCAGACAAAUGCAGAGGCGUUCCUCACAGUGUUGCCGCGGGGAAUGGAGUGUGUGGUGUUUAGUAUUGAUGGCUCCUUUGCUGCCAGUGUCUCUCUAAUGGGCAGUGAUCCAAAAGUCCGGCCAGGUGCUGUGGAUGUUGUCAGGCACUGGCAGGAUCUUAGGUAUCUGAUUAUCUACAUCACUGGUCGUCCAGACAUGCAGAAGCAGAGGGUGGUGUCCUGGCUCUCACAGCACAACUUCCCCCAGGGCAUGGUUUUCUUCUCGGAAGGGCUUGUUCAUGACCCCUUGCGUCAGAAAACCAUCUUUCUGAAGAGUCUAGUGAAAGAGUGUCACAUUAAGAUCAGUGCGGCGUAUGGUUCAAUGAAGGACAUGUCUGUAUACAGCACGUUGGGACUGGCACCGAAUCAGAUAUACAUUGUGGGCAGACCAUCUAAGAAGCAUCAGCACCAAUGCCAGUUUCUCAGUGAAGGCUAUGCAGCUCACCUCUCUACUCUGGAGUUUGAGCACGGCUCACGCUCCAAAAAGAACCGCAUGAUGCUACGUCAGGGCUCUUUUGGCCUCUCCUCCAAGACGGAUUUCCUGUCUCCAUCUCCUGACUUCCUGUCCAGCAAACGCACCCCACUCCUGCGGAGAGCCAUGUCUGUUCAGCAGCCAUCUCCGCCUUCCUCAUCUGUCUCCACUCCCAAACCUGAGCGUGCUCAGAGCCAGCCUGAGUCUCAUAAAGAUGGACCAGAGAUCCGCAUUCAGACCGAUGACCAGGAGGAGGAUGAGGAGGGCGAGAGAAUCCAAGAUGUCACACUGUAAGAGAACUCCAUUAGUUGUGGGGAAAAGAGUGUAUGUUAAUGGACAGCAACCCCAUCUACUGCAUAUUUGCUGAUUAAUUUUACUUUCAAACACAAGAUCCCAUCUCAAACAAGAAAAACAUUUAAUCUUUUUUGUAAACAUGAAAGAUCUGCUCCUUGGAAGACAAAUGGCUGCCUGAUUAUUCAAGAGUGCGCUGUGAGGAUUCACAGAAUAUUACCAAAAACAAGCAACCUCAGAGCACUGAGACAAAUAGAAAACAACAUGAAAGUGUUUAGUGGGACAAAGCAUAAGGUUGUAGUGUUGACGUGACACGGAGUAUGGAGAAGCUUGAUAACGAUCAAGCCAUAAGAUUGGACAAUGAAUGGUUUAAAGUUAAUAUGAAAUUCCAUUCACAUUUUACGUGUGCAUUGUUACAUAUUUCAGAGUGAAACAGGAUAUUCAGCAAGGAGUGUUGAGCAGGAGUUGAUUUUAUCUAUCUGGAAUUGACAGGAUUGUGUGCGUUCCAUACCAAAAUGGAGCCAGACUUUGCCAAAUACAACCCGUAUGACUUUCUUUCUUCUGUGGAACACAAAAGGUGAUGUUAGGCUGAAUGUUAGCCUGUCACCAUUCACUUUCAUUGCCUUUUUCCAGUGAAAGUAAAUGGUGACUUAAGAUGUCAGUCUAACAUUCUGCAUAACAUCUCCUUUUGUGUUAGACAGAAAGUCAUAGGUUUGGAACAAUAUGAGGGUGAGUAAUGAUGAGAGAACAUUCAUUAUUAGGUGAACAAUCCUUUAAAGAAAGUCAAUUUUAAUUUCACGUUGACUUAAACAACCCUCAUAUGUGACAAUCAGUGUUGUUGCAGAAGACUGAAGGAAAUGGACCAUGGCUGUCAUAAUUGAGACAAGGAUAGAAUGAUGACACAGAAAGGCUUUUGACAGAAGGUAGUGUCAGGCACAGCUUUUCUUGGAUUGAGUUUUCUGCUUUGCCAGGAGACUCAUUUAACGUGCAGUGAAUGCUCUCUGCAGACUCCUGUAACAGUCUUUUGUAAAGGUAACUAUGGACAUAAGCACCUGAACCACAUCUAUUUAUAGCAACGCUGCAACCUCCAGCUUUGUGUUCUUAAUAACUCUUUAGUGACCUACAAAUCACCCAAAUCAUCUGGCAUGUCUGUUUCUUGGAAGAUUGUCUUUUUUCAUGCUGGUUUUAAUAAGGCAUACGGUCAAAGGAGAUGAGAUAAAGACUGAACCUUGCAAAGAUCAUUCCAACUUACUUUUUUGGACUCUUUCCUGCAUGUUCACCUAGCCCAAAUUCUUUAUAUUUUGUCAAAAUUGUGCUAGUGUUGUCCUCAUCUACUGUAUGAUGCAGUAUGUGUAAAUAGACUUGAAAAUAGUGCUGAAAGAGUGUUUAAAACAUGCCAUGCUGUGGUUUGACAUUUGUGUCAUUUUAGAGAGAAUCUUUUUGUAGUUUUGUCAAUAUGGCUGUGUUGCACAAAACUGUAUAUAAUUGUA